GUUAAUUCCUUGCUUCCAAAAAAUUAUUCCACAUCGUUUCUCGUUUUCUUUUUUCUUGGAUGAGACUCAAGUUUCAACUCUGUUCAAACGAUUCUUAGCUACACUUCACGGGCAUGGCAUCUCGCCUCAACUCUCGAAUCACUCGGAAAAAGAAUCUCCUUCAAAGAUCGAUUUCUUACGAAUCGGCCCGCGAAGAUGAAAGCAAUAUUCUCUUACAACUGUCCUAUCCGUCCAAGCGAAUCGACUUUUUCCUCCAACUAUUCCAGAAACGAGACGAAAUAAAAGAAAUUGUCGCUUGUCACCUUGGACUAAAGUCUGAUCAAUCCUGUCGAUUAGGCGACUUUUCGGAAUGGAGGCAUGGGACUUUCAAUGUCUGCAUCCCGGUGUAUAUUUGUAACUGGAAUAGACGUCCAAAGAAUCGGGUCAUGAUCCGAUUCCCACUCCCAUACAAAUUGGGAGAAUCAUCAAAUCCUGGAAACAUGGAUGAGAAGGUGCGAUCCGAAGCAGCCACAUAUAUCUGGAUGCAACAGAAUUGCCCUGAAAUACCGAUCCCGUACUUAUGGGGCUUCGGAAUCGGUAAUCACUUACAUUUCACGGCGCGUAAGAACACUCCAUGGUAUCUGCGAUGCCUCUCGGUCAUACAGAACACCCUACGACGGUUAUUUCGACAACCGGUCUGCUCUCCCUACAUCCGUCGUAAACGACCGGAUCUUCCACUCACUGUUGGCUACCUACUGAUGGAUUUCAUUGAAGAUGAGGAAGGCCGUAUGCUUUCAACAACAUGGGACACACUUUCUAGUGAUUCGAAGCGAAUGACGAAUUUCUUUCGAGAUUUAUCCCGGAUUUUGUUGUCUUUGACCAGAAGGCCAUUAUCUCAUAUAGGCUCGUUGACAAUAGACAAUGAUGGCGUCGUCAGUCUUGCUAACCGACCAUUAUCUAUCAUCAUUCCCGAAGCAGAAAACGACAGUUGCCCACCCGUUGUGAACCGUAAUUACACUUACGGUACGGUCGAGCCAUAUAUUCUGGAUCUCUUCAAAUAUCACGACAACCGAAUUCGACAUCAGCCCAAUUCUGUCAUCUCGAGAGAUGAUGCUGUUGACCAAAUGGAGGCCCUAACUUUGAUGCGCGCCUGCUUGCCUGAUUUUGUCACCCCCGACUCACGUUCUGGACCGUUUUAUGUAACCCUCACGGACCUUCAUCAAAGCAAUAUCUUCGUCGAUGACGACUGGCAUAUCAAAUCAAUCAUUGAUCUAGAAUGGGUCUGCUCCAGACCGAUUGGAAUGCUCAGGCCCCCUCUAUGGUUGACCGGUCAGGCAAUUGACUGUUUGGUUAAUGAAAAGUUGACAGAUCUCAAAAUCGCGCUGGACAAGUUUUUCUUCAUAUUAGAAGAGGAGGAGAAGCAAUCAUUGCAUCCUUGCUCAAUCUCGGUGGCCAACACUUUUCGCGAGAACUGGGCAACAGGUCGCAUCUGGUAUUUCCGAGCCUUGGAUUCUUUAACGGGACUGUAUGGGGUCUUUUUGAAUCAUAUUGAGCCGAUGUUUGCAUCCGAUAUUACGAGAGCUGCGGCUCGUUACUGGCACCCGGAUGCUGAGGACAUCGUCCGAACAAGGAUCAAGGAUAAGCUCGAAUACGACGUACGAUUACGGCAAGCUUUUGAAGAAGAUAACAGCUUAGAGAACUGAGAUUAUCAUUCUAUAGCCUACUUGUGAUCCUGCUUGGCCUUCUCCUCUUCAACCUAUUCUCUCGCUUUCUUCUCUCUCUCUCUUAUUCUGGGCUCUUUUCGCUUUGGC